UGUGUGUGUGUGUGUGUGUGUGUCCAGUCCUGGGAUUCAUGUAUCUGUGCUGGGUGUGGCGUGUCUUGUGUGUGUGUUUUUGUGUCUGUGCAGGGGGUGUGUCCCCCUGUGUGUGUGCGCGUGUGCAGGGUGCGGUUUCUGGUGUGUGUGUGUCCGUGUCUGGACAUGCUGUUAACAGGAACCAGCUGCUGCAUUUUUUCCCCCUGAGCCAAUCCCGGCCCCAAUCCUGGACCAGCCGCUUCCCCUGCCCUUCCCCCCCAACCCCCAGCCCCUAGUCAGGCAGCAAAGUCCAGAGCUCCCCUCCUUGCACCAGGCCCCUGACCUCCGCCCCAGUCAGUUAACCCCUGCAGGGUGCGGUUGGCAGGGGUUGGGGAAACCGAGGCUGGGGGAGAGGGUUGGCUGAAGGAGGAGAGGGAGAGACCCCAGGCGUCCAGGCUCCCAGCCCCACAGCUGUGACCCACCCACUCCCACUCCCUUCUCACAGCAGGGGGAGAGCCCAGGUGUCCAGCCAGCAGCACUCCCUCCACAGAGGAGAGUCACUGGGUCCUGGAAGCUCCCAGACCAGAGCAGGCCUGUUUCUAUAGGCCUUUUGCCACCAAAAUUUCCACUUCGGCCCCUAAAUUCCAGAAGGGGGUGGGAAUUUUUGUGCCUUCAGUGGAAAUCGAAGCAAUUUGGUGUCUUCCAGGAGAGGUGACUGGAUCAAAGUUUGGUGUCCUCUGGAAGAGGUGACUGGGAAGAAGAGAUUUGGUUUCCACCAAGAACCAACAGGGAACUAAAGGCACAGUUUGUUCCAGGAAAGGAGGAAGUUGCUGGAGAAGUUGAUCUUAGGUGUUAAUUAGGGGUCCUGUUGAUUGAUUAAUUUAAUCACAAACGAGAAGAUAGGUGGCCCUGCUGUUCCUGGAAGAGGCUGAUGAGUAACUCCAUCUAAGACAGCUGCAUUUUGAGGCUGACAGGAGAGAUGGGUGACGAGGAGGUAUUGAUUGGGGUCCCAAAUUGAUUGAUCCAUCCACGCUGAUGGCAAUUCUGUCAGAUCCAGGGAAACUGACCAGCCGCUUGGUUGGGUAGCAACUGGGGAGAUCCGGUAGACUCCAAAUCAUCCAAUUAUUGAUCAAGAAGGAACAACGAUUGGGGAACUGGUGAUCAGUCGAUUGGUUGCCUAGUGACAGGACAGAACCCCGCUGGGGAUCCGUCCAGAACAGUCAGUCUUGGAAUCUAAUUGAUCAGAGAGAUGCAAGAUUGAUGGGAGUUGGGCCUCAAAGGGAGAAAUUGGCCAGAGGUUGGAUGCAAGGAAGAACAUAAUUGACAACCUGUCGGCUGUGGAGGGAGAUAUUGAUUGAAGCUUUGCUGCCCGGGACAAUACAAUUGGAUGUUCAGUGCUGGCGGUAGGGGAGAAUCAAUUGGAGAUGCCCUGGUAUUGAUCGAUCCAUGGGAAAAUCACAGCCUUGGCAACAGUUGUUGGAUUCAUUUCAUUUUGAGGUCCAGAAGUGCUGGAGGCCUGAGUCAACUUCCUUGAGGGCUGUUGGCUGAUUGCAGAGCGUAUUGAUCGCAGCUCAGAGCGGGGAACUGACCCAUUCAUGCCCUGGCAGUGAAACUGACCAGACUCUCAGGAACAUUGAUCAGAGACUUGAAACUGAUCACGGGGAGGAAACUAACCGGAAGCUCUAGAGGAGGAAGAAGCCAAUUGCUUGAGGGAUUAUAGAUCCACUGGUGUGGUAAUUAGCUUUUCCAGAGAGAGAGAGAAACCAACUGAUUCGCUCUUCCUGCCUCCAAGAGGAAAUUGAUCACGCUCUGGGGGACUUGAUUGGGGGAUAUCGAGGAGAAACUGUGACCAGAUCCUCCGACAGGGACUGAGGUUGGGGGUCAGCAGUAUUGAUGGGACUGAUAUUGAUUGAUUGGGACAGAAACGCUCAGCUCCAAGGAGAAGAAACUGACCAGAAACUCUAGAGGAAGAAGAAAAGAGUUGCUUGGAGGCUUAUAGAUUGACUAAUUGGGGAUCAACUUUCCUGGGAGGCGAGAACCCAACUGAUUGGCUGUAGUCCUGUGCCAGAAGGGAAUUGAUUGAUUGGUCCAUACAGAGAAGCUCAGCUCCAAGGAGAAACUGAUCAGAUCCUCCAGGGGGGACUGAGAUUGGGGUUGGUGAUACUGACACAACUGUUAUAGAUCAGUUGAUUGGGACAGAGACUCUCCUCUCCAAAGGAGGCUCAGGUCAGUGUGGGUGAUACUGACACAACUGAUAUUGAUCAACUGGUUGACUGAUUGAUCAGGACAGAGACUCAGCUCCAAGGAGAAACCAGCCUGCUCCUGCAAGAGGGACUAACAUCAGGGAUACUGACAAGACCUAAUAUUGGUCAGUUGAUCAGUCGGGACAGAGGCUCUCAGCUCCUUGGGGACUGCGAUCAGUGUCAGUGAUAUUGACGAGAUUGGUAGUGAUUGCAGGGCUGAGAGCUGGAGAGAGGCUGAAAAAGAGGGAAGGGGCUGGAGUAGAACCAGCACAGAGGAGCUGAGAAACCGACUGGACCCUGCCGGGGGCUGCGAUCAGGACUCGGUGAUAUCAACGAGCCCGAUCCCAACCUCGCAUCCAUGGCAGGGCUGCCAUCAUUUGGCCGCUACACCCAUGCCGUGGUACGGCGCCUGCCUGGCUCCCUGGGGGAGGCAGUAGAGGGGCUAGGGGAGCCAGUGGACCUGGCCAAGGCACAGCGGCAGCACGGGGUGCUGGUGGGGGUCCUGCGCCAGAAGCUGGGCCUGCAGGUGGUAGAGCAGCCCCCUGAUGAGGCUCUGCCCCGCUCUGCGUUGCUGGAGGACGCUGCCGUAGUACAGGGGGACACGGCGCUGCUCACGCGGCCCUGGGAGCCUGCACGGCGGGCAGAGAUCAGCGGCAUCAGGAAGGUGCUGGAGGAGCUGAAACUGCGGGUGGUCGAGGUGACGGACGAUGGAGCCACCUUGGAUGGCAGCGAUGUGCUCUUCACAGGCCGGGAGUUCUUUGUGGGCAUCUCCAAAUGGACCAAUCACAGAGGAGCUGAGAUGGUGGCCGAUGCGUUCCGGGACUUUGCUGUCUCCACGGUGCCUGUGCUGGGCUCCUCCCACCUGAAGAGCUUCUGCAGCAUGGCCGGACCCGACACCAUCGCCAUUGGCAGCAGCGAGGCUGCCAAGAAGGCCAUGAAGGCCAUGGAGCAGUUGACCGACCACCGCUACGAGACGCUGACCCUCGCCGACGACCCGGCCGCCAACUGCCUCUUCGUGCGUCUGGGCACCGGCGGCGCCGCCCUCGUCCACCGCAGCCCAGAGGAGUGUCCUGGUGGCCUCCAGCCUUUCCAGAAGCUUCCGGACUGCACCCUCAUCCCGGCAGCCUGCAGCGAGGUGGCCAAGCUGGGGGGCGCGCUCAGCUCCUGCGCCCUCCUCAUCAACAAGAAGCUGGACCUGUAGUGCCUUAGGGCCCCCCAAAAUAUGGGGGUGCCCUAACCCCCCACCUUCAGGGCUGGGGGGACUUCCCUCCCCUGCAGGGGCAGCUCCUGUGAUCCCCCGCUGCCCCUCCCCCAUCAGUCUCCUUCCCUCCCUCCCAAACUUGGGGUUCCCUCAGCGCCUCCCCCCCCCCCCCCCCCCCCAGCAAUCCCAGUUCAGUCUACUGUCGUCCCCUGCUGGCUGGGGAAGCGGGUCCUUCUAUAGCCCCCCACAGUUAAUGAAUGAAUGAGGGGGGUCAGAGUACCCUAGACCGAGCAGCGGUGGGACUGGGACAAGGGUGUGGACCCACAAAUUGCCCCCGUCAGAAUUUGCAGGGUCUCUAGUAGUCCAGUGCAAGGGGCGGGGGAGGGGGGGCAAUUUUGUGGGGCUGUGCUCACUUCCUGGGGGGCUCCUCAUUGACUACCAGGCCCAGAGACCCUCAGUGGCUUGAUAGAAGCUGUGGGGGAUAUAUCAUGUUCCCCUCACAGUUGCCCCCAGCCCCUCAACAUGGCUUCUCAACCCCUCCCUUUGUGGUGCUGGUGUUUCGGGGUGAUCCUCAGAGCCCUGCCAGAUGCAACCAAUGGCUUCUCACUGCCACAGCAACUUCUCCUUUCACACCUAUAGCUAUUGUUGGUCUAGGGUAGGGACAGGCAAUUAUUUUGGGUGGAGGGCCACUUACUGAGUUUUGGCAAGCUAUCGAGGGCUGCAUGACAGGCAGCCAGGGGCAGAUAAAUAUUAAUUUUCUAAAUUUUUUAGGGGUCCCGCGUGCUGGAUGGAAUGGCCUGGCGGGCCGCAUUUUGCCCACUCCUGGUCUAAUGGGGCCUGGUUUGGGGCCUAGUUGAGGCCUGGCUGGGCUUAGUAGGGUCCAGUUGGGCCUGGUUGAGGCCUGGUCAGGCCUCGCAGGGUCCAGUCAGGCCUGGUUGGGCCUAGUUGAGGCCUAGUGCAGGCUAGUGAGGCUUAGCCAAGUACCACUCUGGAUGGGCCAGUUGGUUUGGCCAACAGUGCCCAGUAGGGUAGGUUUGUAGUCGGCCGUGGCAAGGUUUAGAUGCCAGGCUUCCUGGGUUGGCUAGCAUUGCCAUGGCAUCCAAUCCCCAGCCCCAUGGACCCCAUUAGACCCUCAUCCCCUGGUCUGCUGUGGUGAGGGUCUAAUCCCAGGCCCAGUACAGACCCCAGGGUCUGGUCAAAUGGUACCAACAGGUGGAUGCCAGGCCAAACAGGCCUCUGGGACUGGGUGCUGGCAUGUGGUGCCAGGCUGGACAGGCCUGAUCCAUGGUGGGAGACCAGGCCUAGGCCUGAAGGGGCAAUUAGGCCUCCUGAGGCCAGGCCCAUGGCUCCUAUGUUGUGUGUGUGUGUGUGUGUGGUAGAGUAGCCAGGGAGGAAAUCACCCCAGUGCCCUGUUUGCUAUGGGUCGCGGGGGUCUGUAUCCCCACGUAGAGGAGGGUGUUGUCUCUUAGCUUAGCAUUACUCACUGCCUCCAAGAACUCAAUAAAGAAUUAAGCCAA